AUGGCAGGCAGAAUCACUCGCUCGCAUAGAAAAGAAAUUGAGAAAAAAACACAUCAAAAGAUUGAUUUGGAUGAGCUGGCUAAAUCUGAAGCUGGCCAAUCUGUUUCCAAUAUAAAUGAUGUACCUCAAAUGGAAGCGAUCAAAGAACAACAAGCUCAUAAAUUACAAACCAAGGGAGAGAAUGCAGCAUCCAGCGACGAAGAGGAUGAUUCGAGCAAAGAAGAUGACGAUUCAAGUGAGAGUUCCGAGGACGAGGAAGAAGAUCUGGACGCUCUUUUACAGAAGGCUCAAGAAGCACUGGCAUCACAAACUGCCAGCAUUCGAUUAGAAAACGACACAUCUGACAAUAUCAACACUAAACUCUCGAAAAUGGAUGCUGGUAUCACCUUGGAGAAGGAGCUUUAUCUCAAGACUGUAGCAGGCCGAGCAAAAUUGACCUCAGAUGCUGUUGCGUUAGUCGAUGAUGGAGAAAAGGCAUCUGCCAAAGCAACUGUCGUUUUGAAGCCUAGUAAAGAUGAGAAGCCACUCACCAAAAAGGAGCGCCAAGCUGAAAGAGAAAAGACAACUGGCUCAGCAUGGUUCGAUAUGCCCAAGACAGAGAUGACAGACGAGGUCAAGCGAGAUUUGCAAGUGCUGAAAAUGCGUCAUAUCUUGGAUCGCAAGAGACAUUAUAAAAAGAUGGGCAAACGUCCUGAUCCCAAGUACUUUCAGAUCGGUACCAUCAUUGAAAGCCCAACCGAGUUCUUCUCUGCUCGCAUCAACAAGAAGGAUCGCAAGCAAACUAUUGUGGAUGAAUUAAUGGCAAGCGACGAAUUGAAGCAGUAUUACAAACGCAAGCACAACGAAGUGCAAGAGAGAACAAACAGUGGAGGAAAAAAGCACUACAAGAAGCUCAAGGCACAAAGACAAUGGGCCAAGUAA